AUGGGCACCGUUUUCAAGGCGCUUGCCGCCUGCUUCUUCUUCCUCGGGAGCUUGCAUGCUUCAGAGGUCAUCAGCAGCGAUGGCGAUGAAAGGCAGAAGCAGGUGUACAUCGUGUACAUGGGGCAUCAGCCGCAUGAGCCGUCAGAGUUGGCAGGUGGUGGUUUCUCUGCACCAAAAGCUGCUCAUCACGGGCUGCUCAACCAGGUCCUCCAUGAUGGCAGCGACGCUAUGGACAGGAUCAUCUACAGCUACACUAGGAGCAUCAAUGGAUUCGCAGCCAGGCUGACCGAGGAGGAGAAACAGAAGCUGUCCGGUACGGAUGGUGUAGUGUCCGUCUUCCCAAGCCGGACGUACCAACUCCAGACCACGAGAUCAUGGGACUUCCUCGGCUUCCCCGAGACGGCGCGCCGGAGCCUGCCUACGGAGGCGGAGGUCAUCGUCGGCAUGAUCGACACCGGCGUGUGGCCGAACUCCCCGUCCUUCUCCGACGAGGGCUUCGGCCCGCCGCCGAGCCGGUGGAAGGGCGCCUGCCAAAACUUCACCUGCAACAACAAGAUCAUUGGCGCACGCGCGUACAGGCAAGGCUACACGGGCCUGUCGCCCGUGGACACCGCCGGCCACGGCACCCACACGGCGUCGACGGUGGCCGGGCGGGUGGUGGAGAACGUCGGCCUCGCCGGGCUGGCCGCCGGCUCGGCGCGCGGCGCGGUGCCGGGCGCCAGGCUCGCGGUGUACAAGGCGUGCUGGGACGACUUCUGCCGCAGCGAGGACAUGCUGGCGGCGUUCGACGACGCCGUCGCCGACGGCGUCGACCUCAUCUCCUUCUCCAUCGCGCGCACGCUCCCGCUGCCCUACUUCGAGGACGUGGUGGCCAUCGGGGCGUUCCACGCAAUGAGGCGUGGGGUGCUCACCUCCGCGGCGGCCGGCAACUCCGCGCUUGACGGAGGCCGCGUCGACAAUGUCGCGCCGUGGAUCCUCUCCGUCGCUGCCAGCAGCACCGAUCGCCGGCUCGUGGGGAAGCUUGUCCUCGGCAACGGCAAGACCAUUGUGGGAGCCUCCAUUAACAUCUUCCCCAAACUAAAGAAAGCCCCGCUCGCCCUCCCGAUGAACAUCAACGGCUCCUGUGAACCGGAGUCACUGGCCGGACAAUCAUACAAGGGGAAGAUCCUUCUCUGCGCGAGUGCAGGCGACGGCACGGGCCCUCUCCUCGCUGGCGCCGCCGGCGCAGUCAUCGUCACCGCGCAGCCCGACAUCGCCUUCCUGCUGCCCCUCCCUGCGCUGAAGAUCACCGGGGACCAAUUCACCGAAAUCAUGGCCUACGUCAACGAGACACGCCAUCCUGUGGGCACGAUACACAGCACCGAAACGGCCUUCGACUCCAAGGCGCCCAUCGUCGCCUCCUUCUCAUCCAGAGGGCCAAACUUGAUCAGCCCAAGGAUUCUCAAGCCCGACCUGGCCGCGCCGGGGAUCGACAUCCUGGCAGCAUGGACGCCGCUGUCGCCGGUGUUCGGGAACCUCAAGGACAACAGGUUCGCGGCAUACAGCAUCGACUCAGGCACGUCCAUGGCGUGCCCCCACGCCACUGGCGUCGCGGCGUACGUCAAGUCCUUCCACCGCGACUGGUCGCCGGCGAUGAUCAUGUCAGCUCUCAUCACCACAGCUACGCCGAUGGACCCGUCGCGCAACCCAGGCGGCGGCGAGCUCGUCUACGGCGCGGGGCAGCUCAACCCGUCGCAGGCGCGCGCCCCCGGCCUCGUGUACGACGCGCGCGAGGACGACUACGUCCGCAUGCUGUGCGCGGAGGGGGGUACCACCGCCGACCUCAACUACCCGACGAUGGCGCACCACGCCAAGCCGGGUAAGAACUUCACCGUCCACUUCCCGCGCACCGUCACCAACGUCGGGGCGCCGUGCUCCGUGUACACCGCCAAGAUCGCCGGCUUGGGGCCAUACGUCAGAGUCGCCGUCAAGCCGAGGAAGCUGGCGUUCAGCAGGCUGCUUCAGAGGUUGUCGUUCACCGUGACGGUCUCCGGCGCCCUGCCGGAUGCGAACGAGUUCGUGUCGGCUGCUGUCGUGUGGUCUGAUGGUGUGCGUCAGGUUAGGAGUCCGAUUAUUGUGCACACGGUUGAUGUUGAGUACACACCAAAUUGA